GCCCUGUCUGAUGAUGAAGAUGUGAAUGUAAUGCUUCAUGGCACCCAGCUGUGGAAAAUAAAGCCAGGAUGGCGACAGCAAAGACUUUACCGGCUUGAGUCUGAUGGUAUGACCAUCUGGUACCAGAGCCGAGCGAAAAAGGCGCGCUCCAAGCAGAUCUUCUCCAUCUUACACAUCGAGUCUGUCCGUGAAGGGCAUCAGUCAGAAGGGCUACGAAGAAAUGGCCGCCGCUUCCCAGAGAGUUGCUGCUUCAGUAUUUCCUUUAUGGGCAGGAGAAAAAACCUGGACCUGGCCGCCGGUAGUGAACAAGAAGCCCAUAGUUGGGUCCAGGGGCUGCGGAAACUUAUGGAAAGAGCCAUAGCCAUGAGCCAGCGGGAGAAGUUACAUAUUUGGAUCCGAGAUUAUCUGCAUCAGGCAGAUAGAGAUGGAGAUGAGAAGAUGAGUUUUCAAGAAGUGAAGGACAUGCUGAGAAUGAUCAACAUUGAUAUGAAUGACAUCUACGCCUACACGCUCUUUAAGAAAUGUGACCGCUCCAACACAGACAGGCUGGAGGACCAUGAAAUUGAGGAGUUCUGUACUCAGCUCAUGUACCGGCCGGAGUUGGAAGAAAUAUUUCACCAGUAUUCUGGUGAGGAUCGAGUCCUGUCUGCGGAGGAGUUACAGGAGUUCCUGCACCAUCAAGGGGAAGAAGCCACCUUAGAAAGGGCACGGGAGAUUAUCCACAAAUAUGAGCUGAAUGAGAAGGCCAAGCAGCACGACCUGAUGAUGCAGGAGGGCUUCAUGAUGUACCUGCUGUCCGUAGAGGGAGACAUCUUUAAUGAAAAGCACAGGAAAGUGUAUCAGGACAUGACCCAACCCCUGAGCCAUUACUUCAUCUCCAGCUCCCACAACACCUACCUAACCAACCAUCAGCUGGUGGGAACCAGCAGCACCGAAUCCUAUAUCAGGGCAUUUAUGGAUGGCUGCCGCUGUGUAGAGCUGGACUGCUGGGAGGGGACAAAUGGGGAACCGGUUAUUUACCAUGGACGCACGUUCACCUCGAAGAUCCUCUUCAAAGAUGUCAUAGCCACCAUUAAACACUACGCAUUCAAAUAUUCCCCAUAUCCAGUCAUUUUGUCCAUUGAGAAUCACUGUGGGCUGGAGCAGCAAGUGACGAUGGCUCAUCAUCUUCGUACCAUCCUCGGGGACAUGUUAGUAACACAACCACUAGGUGACCAGGACCCUCCACACCUCCCAUCUCCUGAGGCAUUGAGGGGGAAGAUCUUGGUGAAAGGCAAGAAGCUGAGUGAACGUAGAUUAGCAGAGGAUGAAGAAGGAAAGGCUCGGAUGGUGAGUGGAGAACAUAUGGUGAUGUUUUGGUACAUGUGGGGCACAGGGUGA